UUAAACACUAACUUUCCAUUAACAACCCUAUGAGCCAAUUAAAACUUAUAGGUUUAAGCACUUGAACCAAUGCCCAUUGUUGGUUAACAAACCUUAUCACUAGAAUAAUUAGUCUUAUGCAAUGUUGUCAAAACCUUACAGAUACCAAACUGUAUUAGUGAGAGAUUAAAGGUUUACUGGCAAACCAACGGUUAACAGAUAUUACAAACCGGUCAUAAAUUCGAUGACAUAUUAUUUGUAAAACAAGUCAUGGCUUCAUGGUAAAUAAAAAAAAUCAGUACUACCUUUCAAUUUGAGAAUUCUAUAUCUCAACUAGGGGUGGUAAUCGAUCGGUAAUCGGUUAAACCGGUUACUAUUUGGACGGUUACAGGUAAUACCGAAACCCAUGUUCGCCACCGUUUGCCGAUACCGAGUGAUGGUCGGUACACCGGUUACCGAAUUAAUGUUCCCCGGUUUUUUAUUCGGUACACCGUUUGCCGAAUUAACAAAUUCACAACAAGAGACUUCAAUGACUAGGUGGUGGGCAGCUGGCUAUGCAAAUGCAAUGGGGUUCACCGUCCACCAGCAAACAGCCAAACAACAAAAGAAAAGAAAGAAGCUAAAGCCUAACAAAGCAAGAAAACAGAGUGCAACUCCUCUGCUCCCCUUCUACUCUCCAGCGGUGGCUUGCUGCUUCUAAGUAGAGUGCAGCUGCUACUCUCUUCCGUUUAACACACGAAAAAUAAUCAGUUAAUUAAUUGUUCCAACUUGGCCAAAUCUAACAAAUCACACUUAAUCAGUUAAUUGAUUCUAACUUGAACUCCGACGAGAUGUUGGGCGGCUUGGUCGAGCGGGAAAGCUCCAACGCCAACGCGGACGAGCGGGGUUGGGUCGAAGGAGACGGGUCUGACGGCAGCGUUUGGGUUGUGAACUUGUGAUGAAGGCAGAGGCGAGAGACGAAAUAAGAAAUUAAUUUACUUUUAAGUUUUAAUAUGUUACAGACUUACAGUUAUUUACUCCUAUUCCUAAUUAGAAUAGGCUAGGGUUGGGGAUUUAUGGAGCGGCAUAACCAUUCAGAUUCUGGUAUCGGAUAACCGGCCAGCCGUCGGUAAGGUGCAUUCCCGGUCCCGGUAUACCGUUGGCCAUCUGCCCCCUGCCGUAUACCGUUGUUCACGGUUAACGAUUUAACCGAUAACCGCGGUUACCGGUACGGUUAUCGGUUAAACCAUUAACCGGCCUACCGCAUACCAGCCCUAAUCUCAACUUGUUAAUAGCUCACGAACGAGCUCAUUGAGGCCGACAUAUUUUAAGCUCAUUGAGCUCAUUUAACAACACAACAAUUCUUUUGACAGUUACCUAAGCAACCAUCAUGGACAAAGAGGAUGCAAACCAUUAGCUCAUUUCAUAGGGCCAACUGGCCAAGCCAUGCUUCUGAUUUAGAGAAACCCACCACUAUCAUAUAAUUUGGUAAAGUUUACAUCUAUAUAUUUUGGUCAUUGAUGUGGUGCAAAACAAAGCAUGAUUUCUGUAAUUUUGUUUCAUUUUUCCUACAGCUCAGCCACAAUCUUUCUGUAAUUUUGGUCAUUGAAAGUGUCUGAAGUAGUCAGAAUGCUGGAAGGAAGAGAUGGAUUUUCAGAGAGAUGAGAAACCCUCAUCAUGGAUUUGCAUGCAGAUAACCUAUCUUAUCUAAAUCGAUAACAUUCCAUUUGCUUCUCACACAUUUCUUAACAAAGCAAAAUUUGAAUGGGUUGUUGCUCUAGUUGAAAUUGAGGUAUAAAAUAUGGAUAAUAGCUGCUUUCGUAACCUAACUUUUGUUGAGUCAUCCGGUUCCAACAAAAAGUUAUUAGCAAAUUUGAACAUAGUUCAACAAAACCACUUCAUAUACUAAACCUUGAAGUCUAUAGGUGAGUUAGUAAGUAACUCAUAUUUGGAUGACGAUAUCUAUGUGAUAUGUGUGUUUAGCAUUAAUAAAUUUGAGAUAAGACACACAAUUCAUAUAUGCAAUGAAUAUUUAGCCACAUAUACAAAGUCUCCAACCAUCAUUUCCCCAUAAUGUGCCACCCCCUCGUCCCUCAAGCUCCAUGACACAAGCUGAUUCGUUUAUAAUCUCAAUUAAUAACAACACUAAUACCCCCAAUCCGAACCAAGUAUAACUCUAAUUGGCACCAUAGUACACUAGUUGACCAAGUUUGUAUCCCCAGACCUAGCCCUCCUGUCCAUAGUCAUUAUCUAAUAUAUUAUGUAGGAUAUGAAAGAUGAAACUACGAGAAAAGUUACAAGAAAGAAACGAUACUCCGAACAUGCAUCCCUCGCCCUAACUAUCGAACAUAACAUGAAAUUGGUUGAUAAAUAAAUUUGUGAUAAUUGAGGUGUGAAGGUCAAUAAUAUGGCAGAUCUGUGCAAUGAUCAUGUCUCCCGACCCCCUUCUAGCCCCAUCUACCGACUCGAGGUCACGUAGUCAGGUUGAUUAGAGGUAAGCUCUACCCCUCUAAAUGUGUUUUACCUGUAAGCACAUAAAUCAAAUAAGGGAAUGAUCAUGCACUUACCCAGUAAGUAUCAAUUUUGUGAGCACUUGGCAAAGGGGAUGCUCACCUCUACCUAAACUAAGUCUCUAAAUCAUCAAUGUAUGAAAAAAACACAUGCACCAUACACUCACCUGAAUUAACCCAUGAAAAACAC